GGGGGUCAUUCAUAGGCCAGUUGAUAAUUUCUCUUAAUUUGCUUUAGUAGUAUUUGUUUAAUUCUGCACCGUCAGUCACUGUGUCAUUGUUUAUGUAGAGACAUUACUUUAGACUCAGGCUUAAUUUUGAAUUUUAAGAAUACAAUAUAUAUUAGCUAUAUAACAAUAUGCCAAAUAUAAUUUUUUUUAUAUAAACACAUGACAUAAAUAAAUAUCAUGAUAAAUGCAUUAAAAAAAAAACUCGGCAGGACAUUCUAGAGCUGAAGGAAUAAACUUUGAACAUAAAAUGGUGACAGUUUUUGAAUUAUCUUCAUUAUAACUUUGACAUGUAUUUUUACUUAGCGGUGCACAUGUCGAUACUAGGGAUGAGCAUUUUCAGUAAUUUCAAUAUUCAAGAACUCUCAUUACCUUAUGAACGAGUACUCGAUUACUCGCAAAUUAUAUAUAUGUUUUUUUUUUUUUUUAACCAUAAUAAAGGAAAUACGGGAGGUCCAUGUCCAACUGGAAACAAGAAAGAAUGUUAAACUUUUGUUUACAGUCGGACAUGGACCUCCCUGACCAAGCCUACUGUUUGGCUCUCAGAGAGCAUGAUAUACAAGUUUAACGCCACGUACCUUGGACUGCACGUUAUUGUCGUAUUUUUUUUUUUUUUAAUCAAAGUAUUUCCCGACAUCACUUUCCCUAGUAACGGGUGCCAUGGUGCAUGUAAUGCUACCUGAGUCCAACUAAUCAAGCCAAAAACAACACGUGCGCAGGUGCACGAGUAGUGAAACACUACUCGAAUAAUGACGUCAACAACGAGACGUCCUAGUAGAUACUGUUGCUAUAUCUGUGAUAACAUUGGCCUGUUGAUUUAUUGGUCGGGUUCCUUAUUAUAUUGUUUCCUGGAGGAAUAUGGUUGUGACUGUUUUUGUGAGGCAGUUGUUCCAUUAUCAGAGCUCUAAUGCUACCACAGAAUUCAACUGAAUAGAUUAUGCAAAUUGCCUGUCAAUAAACUAAUCUGGAAAAGAUCUGAUGCCUUUCUCUCUCAAUACUCAAAACACCUGAUCAAACUGUCCAGGCUUAAAUCAAUGGUUUGAUAUACAGUCUUGUAAUAUACAUAUAUACACUGAGAAUCUUCUGAGCUCACUUUAUUUAUUUAAUGUUUGCAAAAAGUUCAAAGGAAAAUGUUUAAUAUUUCUGAAUGAUUGUGAAAGUCAAUAUUAUUUACAUCUGUAAAGACAAAAACAUGUGAAGAAGAGCACUUGACUCUACAGCAAUCCUGCACUCAAAAGCUGCCGAAUUACGAGCCAUUCAGCGUAUUCCUAAUGCCACUUCCUAUAUGCGCAUCAUAUGAUGCCCACAUGGGCAUGAAGUAACAUGCGUCAUAUUGCACAGUUUCACUUUGUGAGCGGUGUGUUCGAGAUUCACCAUCAGAGCAAACGCAGGAAUUACACCUACAGUGGAAAGAAUACUGGAUAACUGGAAAACUGCAACUCAACCUGCUGCUGAUUUCACAUUUGAAAAGGAGUUUUAAAAGAGCCACAGCAAGGUGAAAGUAACUUUUAAGGAACUUCCGCAGUUGACUGGUUUGCAUUGUUUCCUGCUUCAUCCAGCGACAAAAUGUCUUCUAAAUUAGUAAAGGAUCUCUCCUGUCCUGUCUGCCAUGAUAUCUUCAAAGAACCGGUUGUUCUGUCGUGCAGCCACAGCUUCUGUAACGACUGUCUGCAGAGAUGGUGGACAGAGAAACCGAUUCACGAGUGUCCACUUUGUAAGGAAAUAACUUUGCUGAAUGAUCCGACUCGUAACUUGGUGUUAAAGAAUCUGUGUGAGGCCUUUUUACUGGAAAGAGAUCAGAGAGCUGAGGCUGAGGCUGAGUCUCUCUGCAGUCUGCACUCUGAGAAACUCAGCCUCUUCUGUCUGGACCAUCAGCAGCCAGUGUGUGUCGUCUGUCGAGACUCAAAAACACACAACAAACACAGAUUCAGACCCAUUGAUGAAGCUGCAGAGGAUCACAGAAGGAAGCUCCAGAAAUCCCUGAAGCCUUUACAAGAGAAACUGAAGCUGUUUCAACAAGUUAAAGGAAACUUUGAUCAAACAGCAGUACACAUUAAGGUCCAGGCCCAACACACAGAGAGGCAGAUUAAGGAGCAGUUUAAGAAGCUUCAUCAGUUUCUUCAAGAGGAAGAGGAGGCCAGGAUCACUGCUCUGAGGGAGGAAGAGGAGCAGAAGAGUCGGAUGAUGAAGGAGAAGAUGGAGGCUCUGAGCAGAGAGAUAGCAGCUCUGUCACACACAGUCAGAGUCACAGAGGACGAGCUGAGAGCUGAAGACAUUUUAUUCCUGAGGAACUACAAGGUUACAGUGGAAGGAGUCCAGCAGCGCCUCCUGCUGAAUGAUCCACAGCUGGUCUCAGGAGCGCUGAUAGACGUGGCCAAACAUCUGGGCAACCUGACCUUCAACAUCUGGAAAAAGAUGAAGGAGAUGGUCUCCUACAGUCCUGUGAUUCUGGAUCCCAACACUGCUGAACCACAUCUCAUCCUGUCUGAGGAUCUGACCAGCGUGAGACGUGGAGAGAAACAGAAGCUUCCUGUAAACCCAGAGAGGCUUGAUUACCACCACUGUGUCCUGAGCUCAGAGGGCUUUAACUCAGGGACUCAUAGCUGGGAUGCUGAGGUCAUAAAUGAUGAAUUCUGGGGACUCGGUGUGGUGCGGGAGUCAGUCCAGAGAAAGGGACAAAUACCGACUGGAUAUUGGGGAAUAGGUCUCCUCAAUGGCAAAUACAUAGCAGCCUCACCACCACUUCCAGAUAAAGCUCUCUCAGUGAAGAAUAAGCUCCAGAGAAUCAGAGUUCAUCUUGACUUUGACAGAGGGAAGUUGUCAUUCUAUGAUCUUGAUACUAACACACACAUUCACACCUUCAAACACACUUUCACUGACAGGCUGUUCUCGUACAUUGGCAAUCACAAUAAACUUCCACUGAAGAUAUUACCAAUGUCAGUCUCUGGCACAGUGGAACAGUGCACAAUCCCUCUAUCAAAAGGCCUAUGGCCCAGUUUUUAAAUUAGCUAAGCCUGCUAUAAGUGAUUAUUUUCAGGUAAAGUAAGGCUAAUGUCUUUAGGAAUGAAUAGAGUGUUUGUGUGUCAGGGAUAUAAGAACCAUAUCAGUGGGACUUUUCUAAGACUUAGUUGUGUCAAAAAACUGAUUUUCAUUGAUUUUGUCUUUUAUUUCUUUAUUUUUAUGUCUAAGAAGAUGGUGAUGAUGAUACUUGGUGAUUCGUGAUUAUGAUAAUGUUCUUCCUCACAAUGACAGUAAGAGAGUACAGAUGUAUCAUGUACAGUAUGUACACAUUGCGAACAUCACCCUGCUGAUUUAUUUGUCUGGCUCUGGGUAUAAAUCAUUCUGAGGAAUUGUUUUUUUGAUCGCCAGUUUCUACUAAUUUGCUUUUGUAGAAUUUGUUUAAUUCUGCACUGUCAGUCAUUGUGUCAUUGUGUAAACAGAAACAUUAUUUUAGACUUUUAGGCUUAAUUAUGAACUCAUUAUAACUGACUGUGCUUGGGGAAAGCAGAUGAGUUCUUUUCAAUGUUAACUGUACAUUAUUGAUUGUUAUCUUCUGAAAUACUUUUAAAUAUAAUUCUAAAUCUAAUAAAGAAAAUAAUCUUAAUGGUUUCAGAUUAAAAUGUUUCCAGAGAUUUUGAACAUGUGUUAAAACUCCAUCAUUUAUAGUGAAAUCUAGUGUCUCCAUGAUGUAUUACGACCGCUGAAAUCUUUAUUGAAAUCUUUCUUAAAGCAGUUUAAACAUCUUGAGAAUUAAGUCAGUUACAAAAACAAAAGUCUCAAUAUAAGUCAUAAUAUUUUGAAAAUAAAGUUACGAAAUUAUGGGGGAAAAUUACAAUGUUUGGGGAAAGAAGGUUUUUAAUAAUUCAAGAAUGGAAAAAUUGUUUACAUUUUGUUGCUUAUACGAGAGCGGCUGUGUGUUUCCAGGCCAAUUAUCUCUAGAUCACAUCUUUAGUUUUCUAUAAGUAAAUACUGCUGCUCAUAUUUAGUUUUAGGUUUUAUCUCAUAUUUUUCUGAUGAUUGGAUUCAUUUAUUUCAUCCUGAGUUAUCAAAUGUAUUUCUGAUUCUAAUAAAUUAUUCUGAACUUAUGAAUUCUUACAAAGCACACAAUAUCUGGAGAGUACUAGUACUAAAACUAGCCAUAAACUAUUUAACCUAGAGUUUACUAACAUUGUAAACACUCUCUCAUCUUCCCUCUUCUGUUGUCAGAUGUCACUACUACAUUAUAAAUCUUUCAUCACACCUAAUAUGAAUUCUAUAAGAAGGCAAAUGCUGAUAAUAAAUAUUAAACUUGUAUUAAAGUAGCUACCUACUAAUUUUGGCUAAUGCUACA